AUGUCCGAUUUAAAUGCUCUUAUCGCGCAACGGGGCCAGAUUAAAGCCCAAUUAACGCGUUUCGCCACAUACCUACGAACUAAUGGCGGUGACAACGUGGACUUCGAACAGAUCAAAGUCAGAACAGAAAAAGCGAAGCAAACUUGGGAAGAGUUCCGGUGCGUGCAACUGCAGAUAGAGGAAGAGGAUAGCGCCAAUGGAGACAACGAAAAGUAUCGAGAUGAAUUUGAAAAUUUAUAUUUUGAAAACAUGGCGAAAUCUGAAAAGAUCUUCAAAAGGGCGGAUAGUAUCAAUACAAACGCGAGUUCGAGCAAUGUAGGUGGCAACGCACAUAUAUGUAUUAAGAACGAUAACACUGAAAGUAUUAACCCGAACGUUAAUUCAAUUGUAAAAUUAGCCCCGCUGGAGAUCCCGCAGUUUUCCGGGGCAUAUACCGAAUGGGCGGCGUAUUACGAUAUUUUCUCGGCACUAGUUCAUAACAAUGAUAAAAUAAGUGACAUACAAAAAUUCUUUUACUUACGGUCGUCACUAUCUGGAGACGCGGAAAGUGUUAUAAAGUGUCUACAAACCACGGCCGACAAUUAUAAUGCGGCGUGGAACAGUUUGAUACAGCGAUACGAUAACAAAAAGGUUUUAAUACAAGUACACACGCAAGCUAUUUUUGACUUGGAACCGAUAAAGAAGGAAUCCUCCUCAUAA